UCUCCCCAUCCCUUUCUUCUCCGGCCCUUGAAAGCCCCCUCGCCACAAUAAGUCGCGACUCCAUGCACACGACCAGCACAGAAUGCUUACCCGCGGUCGUUCAACCGAAGUCUCUGCAGUAGCUCUCGCCCGCCGCGCGUCAGACGAACGGCGGAAGCAGAUGACCCUUCAAGUUCAUGCUUACGACCCACCCCCCUCUCAAUAUACACUUCCGCCCUCCCGCAAUUCAACCCGUACGAUCAGACCUGCCCCUCACAAUCACGACCCAGAUAGUACAGCAGGCCCGUCCAAGGCGCCUGUGUCAUCUCCUCCCAGCACAAGUGCCACGGCCCUUUCUUCGCCCUCCACCUGCUAUACGCCCCUUGAACCACAUACCCCGCCAGACAAUGACAGUCCAUACGACUAUCUCCACCCCUCGCACGCCCUUCAGAGUGACACCCGAGCGGCCUUUGUCGAUUCGGAACCGUUCCGAAUGGGCAAAGACAAAUCAAAGGCUCAAUCCCAUUCAUCGCACUCACCAUCAUCAUCCCCCUCUUCUUCCGCCCUAACCUCCUCGCAGAUGUCCGAUCUUCCGCCCCCAUCCGCCCCGUCUCCUGAAGAGCUGAGAAAGCGUGCGUUGCGAUUACGGGCAGAGGCGAAACGAAGGGAGGUGUUGUAUAGAGCAGAGCGUGUUUGGGAGGAAAUCAUGCUCGGGUCGCGAAGAGAGAAAGCGAGGAUCAUCAUGGAGCGUGCCAGGUUGGAGGAGGAAAGAAAGGAGAGGGAGCACAUGCUCAAAGAGGCCGAACGAAUCGAUCAUGAUCGCCAGCGGAGAGCACAUGCCUUCCCCGGUCAAUUUUGGACACGUCCUAGUCUGCGCUCGCAAACCAUUCCUCAACCUGCUCCUCAACGCCCAAGGCCGAAAGACGAGCCGUUCACAUACUCAUUUCCCAUACCCAAGGCAUCGAUACAGGCACCGUCUUCUUCCGCAUCUAAAUCUGUAUCGGCCCUAGGACGUCCGACGCCAGCGUCGGCAUCCAAAACAAGGCGUCAGCUCGCAGCACUCCUCGCACCCCCUUCUCAUGCACCGUCAAGCAACCCUCGCAUCAUACCAUUCAAGGUCGUCUUGUCAUCCAUGAACGGGCCACUAUUUCCGCCUUCCGACGAGGAUCUUCCAUCUUCAUCUGUUCAGCAAACGCAUCUAGGCAGUUGGAGCAGUCGCGCUAGUCUUGAUGCGGUGGCCAGGAGACGAGAAGAUGAACUUUUGAGCGAGUUGCUGAACCCGGUGAAAUGGGACCAGCAGGAACGAUGGCCCGCUCAGGGUCAGUCGGAAGUUGCACGCGUACGCCGAGGGGCAAGACGAAAUUCUUGCAAAGCUUGCAUGACCCCCACUUCCUCUUCUUUCAUAUCAUCAACAUCUGUCUCUUCGCCGUCAGAUACGGUGGAGACCUCCUCCUCUUUUGCCUCCUCCUGGCUUUCAUUCGGUUCCCGCAAGUCUACUUCUACCGCUCGCACAACACCGAUCUCCUCUCCUGUUCCAGCAUCAUCUCUGCUAUCGAUCACCUCAAAGAAGCCUCACGAAUCGACCAAACUACCAUUCCACACAUGUCGUAAGCCUUGCCAACCUUCCGUUUUCGUCGACCUGUACCACUCCCCACUCGCUCCGCCUCCACAGCCUGCCUCUACCAAGCGUUCACUCAGAGAGUGUGCAGUUGGCCCAGGCGACGCCGUCUCAGGAUCAAACUCGAGGCUCGGCGGUCAUAAACGCAAAGCGCUUCAUUCUGUGGCCAAAUUGGGCGAAAAUCUGCGUUCCUCGAUGACGAGCAUGUUGUCGCUUGCGUCCAUGGUGCAGGAAGCGUAUGUCGCUGCGACUAUUCUUGGCCUUCAGGCGCAAGUGGCCGACUUCGAGUCGGAUUCAGACUCAGACGAGUUGGAAGGUAGGGACGGUGAGCUGCACAUUCAGUGGGGUAGACCAAGAGGCAAGGGUGGUGCAGGAAGUAAGUCGGAUGGCUGGCGUGCCAGUCCUAACGAUGUCGCAACAUUCGUGCGACCUGCUAAACGAGGAGACCAUACGGCUUUAAACUCCUGUACAACCCAAACCACCGUGCCCUACGUCCUUUUCCCCCUCGUCGCCAUGCGCCGUCGCUCGGACUCAGAUUCGCGCUCACCUUCAAGAUCACCUUCACCGCCCUCGCACUCUUCUUCUUAUUCCUACAGCAACCCCCAAUCCCGACCACGAUCGCAUACCGCCUACGACUACCUCGCCUAUUCCUCUUCCAAGCCGUCGUACGCUCAUUCCUAUGCCGCAUUCGCGGCUAACCACGCGGAGCUCAACCAUGCCAGAGAUUCGGACGACGGGAUGUACGCCAUUCCGGCUGCAUUUCCAUCCGAUGACCUGUUCGACAGCGCGUUCGGGACGGGCUACGAUUAUUCGCAUCCGAGGGUUGGAUGUCGCACGAGACACGUGGCGAAUCCGGUGGCGCUGAGGGUCAAGGCGGCGUCGAAUGUGUGGUACAGGAGGGAGAAGGAGAAGGCUACGAAGGUGGAGACGACAACUGGGAAGAAGCACCAUAAUCCCAAUUCCAGUACACCAUCGCAGUCUAAAUCUAAAGCAGGCGUUGAUGCCGCAUGGGCUGGAAUCCUCAUACGUCCUGAGGCGAUGGGAUCCGGAAAGGAGAGGGUUGUGGGCAUCGCAUUUGAUGUGUUUGCAAAGGGGGGACUUGGCGUCGGUGGUGGUGGUGGUAGAUGUGAAAGACAGAGUGCGCUGAGGUGGGGGUGGAGAGUCGUUUGGGGGGAGGAAGAUGAUUAUUAGAUGGGCGUAGGACGGGCUAGUCGCGGGCUUGUGAUCGCGAUUUUCCUUGGAUAAUUGCGUUUAGGAGGUGAGGACGAGGAGUUGAGCCGUCGACAUCCCAGGUUUGCAUUGCGUUUUUUUUGGGUUGCUUUCCGUGUUUCGCGUUUUACACGCCUACAUUACAUCAUAGAUCUUCCGCCUUCUCGCGACGGCAUUUAGACUACAGUUACAUGCUCCUGGGUUGCCUUGCCUUUAGGCUCUGGAUUUUCUUAGUUCCGUCUUCUGUCAGAUACGCACAGUGUAUGAUCAUUCUGAACGAUGUUGUACAAACAGCCUUUAUUCCCCUUUCUUGUCUUUUUUCUUAUCCUUUUCUGACAUCUACUCAUCAUCGCUUUCGACUCGUUUUCAUCUGUAUAUAUGCACACCCGUCCUUCAUUCUUGUUUAUAAUUGCCUUCUUCAUCUGCUUUUUACUCUUCGUUGCUUACUCCCCUAUCCCUGGGGAUCUGUCCUGCUUUAUUCUGUCGUCCCAUCCUUCCCUUGCGACAUAUCCACCUCCACCCUCAUCACUGCUCGCACGACGAUACCUCUGCAUACUCACUCACUCGCACCGCACCGCACACUCACACCCACCCAUCUGUCACGCCAUCCUACGCACCAGUUACGGACCUACCUUACACUAAUACCUGAACGGCCAGCCCUUCCGAGGUUCGAAUUGGACCUUCUGGUUCGCAUAGGUAAUCGGUAGUUUGUUGCUUACGGUUAUGUUCUAGUAGUCUAAAUACGUAUGAUGCUUCACGAUUAUGAUAAUGUUAUUUGCUUGCUCGAAUUCGUCAAAUCCAUCGC